GGACGUUGAACAAGGCAAACAUGUGCUCCGCAUUGACUCGAGGAACCAUAGUCUGGGAGGAGUACAGAUCGAACCAGAGAAGUGGGAGAAACGCUGCUCCUCUACCCUGCUCCCUGUAACGAUGGCCAUGGUCUUGGAUGCUUUUGUCGGGAGAUGCAUCGAGACUCUGGCUGCCUCUAUUGGCAACAAGUUGGCAGUAGUUAUCGAGGUCAAGGAUGAGCUCGAGAAUCUUCGGAGAAGGCUAGAGAGGAUAAGCUACGUUCUUAAGGACGCAGAGAGGAGGCGGAUGCAAGAUUCGGCGAUCAGCAAUUGGUUGAACGAGCUUAAAGAUGUCAUGUACGACGCCGACGACAUCAUCGACCUCUGCAGAGCCGAGGGUGGGACACUGUUGGACGAUCAGCCACCGGCGCCGCAGACUCCACCGCCGGUAUGUUGUAGAUUUCCUUUGGUCUCUUGCUUUGCUGGUGUCAAGUUACGUCAUGAGAUCGGAAACAGAAUCAGAAGCCUCAACAAGAGACUGGAUGCGAUGUCUAGAGACGAGUUGAUGCAGAAGCUGGAGCAGUCAAGCCCAGAUGUUGUCCUGAAUAGGGGUGUGAAUCUUCGUCAGACUGAUCCACUCCUUGAACAAGAUAUAGUAGGAAAUGAAAUCAACGACGCUACCGAGAAUCUUGUGGAUUUCUUGACACGCAGAAACGAUAUCAACUGCUGUCUUUGUGCCAUCACCGGCAUGGGGGGAAUAGGAAAGACGACACUGGCUCAGAAAAUAUUUAAUGAUCCAAAGACGCAAGAUAUAUUUCAGGUUCGGGCAUGGGUUUGUGUUACACAGAAAUUUUCAGAGAUUGAAUUGCUGAAGCAGAUCAUAAGGGAAACCAGAGUGAACUACAGAGAAGAUAUGACAAAAGCGGAACUGCAACCGAUGCUUAGAGAUGCUGUUCGGGGAAAGAGUUUGUUUCUCGUGUUAGAUGAUGUGUGGCAAGCAGAUGUAUGGGUUGACUUGCUAAGAAAUCCCAUACUACAAAGUGGAGUGGCUAAUGGAAGAAUUUUGGUGACCACCAGAUAUGAAAACAUUGCUCACCAGAUAGGGUCAGCACGCAUCCAUCGGGUGAAACUAUUGCCGGAUGAUUCAGGUUGGGAACUGUUGUGCAAGAAGGCAUUUGUCAGUGGAGGGGAGGAAGAUAUGGAGAACUUGAAGGACGUGGGCUUCGACAUAGUUUCCAGAUGCAAAGGUCUUCCUCUCGCAAUCAAGACCGUGGGAAGCCUCUUGGCCACGAAGCAGAGAGGUAGGCGAGAAUGGGAAAAGGUUGCCCGUAGUGAUGCAUGGUCUAUGAGCGAGCUUCCUGAACAACUCAGGGGGGCUUUGUACUUGAGUUAUGAGGAUUUACCAUCUCAUCUCAAGCAAUGCUUCCUAUACUGCUCCCUUUUUCCCGAGGAUUAUGUACUACGUAAGGAGAGUCUCGUGAGACUCUGGUGUGCUGAAGGCUUUGUACGGUCCCAAGGAGACUCAGCGAUGGAAGAUGUAGCAGAAGAAUAUUGGAAAGAGCUUCAGAGGAGGAGCCUUCUGCAGCCUUUACCUAACUCCUUGGUGGAGAGCCCUUGCGUGAUGCAUGAUUUAUUGCGCUCUCUUGCUCAAUUCUUAUCACGAGACGAAUGUUUCUAUGGAGAUGCAGAUGCGAUAAAAUCCACACCUACCUCAAAGCUUCGCCGUCUAUCGGUCCGUGAGGAAGGUGAGAGAGUCGCGAUCCCUGAGUCGGUAAUACAGAAGAAAUGUCUGAGGACCUUGAUGGUCCUAAAGACUCCCCCGGUCGUCGAGGAUAAGCUGCUGGCAAGGCUCCCACGACUGCGUGUUCUGCUACUAAAUGGAAGAGGAAUCCAGAGCAUCCCGGAUUCUAUUGGAAAUCUAACUCAUCUACGAUAUCUAGAUCUCCGAGAGACUGACGUCUCCAGUCUACCCGAAUCCAUCGAGCGUCUUCGCAAUCUGUUAACCUUGAACGUCAUGGAUUGCAGGUAUCUGAGGAGUCUUCCUCGAGGCGUAACACGAUUGCUCAAUCUGAGGCGUCUUGGUCUUUUCAAUUCGGCAGUCCGUAACGUGCCCAAAGGCAUAGGGAGGUUGCAGCAUCUUAACGACAUCUCCGGAUUCAUUGUGGGCGACGAAGAAGAUGACAGGAGCGGAGGGUGUGACUUGGAAGAGCUUAACUCUCUCCGCGAGCUCAGAAAGCUGAGCAUAUUUAACUUGGAGAGAGUGUCGAACGGGGCUUCCGUGUUGUUCCAUAAGAACCACCUUACGAGAUUAGCCCUGCUGUGCACACCGUACAGUUGUAGGCUCGGUGGUACGCUAUACACAGAGGAGGAGAUCAGGAGGAUCGGGAAGGUCUUCGACGAGCUACGUCCUCCGCCGUGCUUGGAGGAGGAACUCUGGAUCGAUGGUUUCUUCGGCCGUAGGUUCCCGAGCUGGAUGAUGUCGUCCUUGGGAACUUCUUUUCCUCGUUUGACACGGCUGUUCCUUAAUAGAUGCGAGUUGUGCCAGAAACUUCCCCCUCUGGGCCGAUUGCCCGAGCUCAAAUACCUCGACAUCGGUGCUGCAUCUGCGCUGGUGAGAAUCGGCCACGAGUUCCUUGGAGACGAGACUUCGAAAGCAGCAUCUACCGUCGUCUUCCCGAAGCUCAAAAUUUUUCGUAUUGAAGAUAUGCCAAAUUGGGAAACGUGGAAUCUCGGUGGAAGUGGCGACGAUGAGGAUGAUGAUGGCGGCCAAGAACAUUACGGUGCAACACAAACUCUGCUAUGACUGCCUCGUCUCGAGGACUUGGUAGUUCGCAAUUGUCCCAAGCUGAGCGCGCUUCCUAUAGGCACCAAUGGCGUGCACAAAGUACGAACCUUCCCAGCCCUUAGCAGAUUAACGAUUCACGAUUGUUCAGCGUUAGAGUACAUGGAGAAUCUGGACGCGCUGGAGUAUCUAAAGCUGGUGGACGAGUCAAUGGAACACCUUCCCCCGUGGUUGCCGGGCCUGAUCCAAGGACGACGAAGCAGAUUCAAGAUGGAUGUCUUCUGCAACCUCCGUCUGCUCAAGAGAUACCUUGAUGAUGGACCAGACUGGCCGAUCGUCCGAGAAAUUCCCAUCGCCAAUAUUUACUCCGACACUGUGAACGGAAGAGCCAGUCUUCAUCAUGUCAAGGAGACUUCCUACUACCGAACGACCAAC